AUGCCCAAAGUAGCCAUCGCAGGAGGCUCCAGCCCAACACUAGGCGCAUCCAUCCUCGCCGCCCUCUCCACCUCGACCAACUGGACCCCCGUCAUCCUCUCCCGACAGACCAACAACCCCAAGCAAUCACCCGAAGGUAUCGAAACCCGCUACGUGGACUAUACAUCCCAUGAAUCGCUCGUCGCCGCACUCCAGGACAUCGACACCGUUCUCAGCGUCGUGCUCAUCCCCGGCCCGGAAUCAAUCACCUACCAGCUGAACCUCCUCAACGCAGCCAUAGAGGCCGGCUGUCGGCGAUUCGCGCCCUCGGAGUUUGCCCUCCGCGAGCACGCCCAGGCGCAGGUUGACCUGUUGCAGCCGAAGAAUGUCGUCUGGGAGGCGGUCAUGCGCAAGGUGGAGGGGAAGCAGAUCGACGCCGCGCGGUUCCCGUGCGGCAUGUUCAUGAAUUACCUGGGGAUCGGGGUUGGGGGCGAGAAAGAAAAGGAGGCGCGGGCUGGGUUCGCCGAGGGGGCGUUCCUUGUGCACUUGGAUGCUGAGCCGGCGUAUGUGGUUGUUCCUGUGAGAGAGGAUGGAUCGUCGCCGACGCUCACGUUGACGGAUAUCCGGGACGUGGGGAGGUUUGUGGCUGCUGCGCUCGACAUGGAGGAGUGGGGAGGAAGGGAGCUGGGGAUGGCGGGUGAUACCGUCAGCUUCGAUGAGUUGGUUAGGCUCUGUGAGAGGUACACCGGCAAGAAGGUUGAGGUGCGCCGGGUGACGAUGCAGCAGCUGGAAGAUCGAUUGAAGGAGAUCCCUGAAGCAGAUGUGCUCAGGCGGAUGGACUGCCAGAUAGCCAUGGCGUGCGCGAGAGACAGCUCGGUGGUGCCGGGGGUCUUGAACGAGGUGUGCCAAGUUCAGCCGGUAAAGGUGGAGGAAUUCCUGCGCAAGUACUGGGCAUAA